UUUUUUCUAGUUUCAGUGAUUCUGGGAUAAAGGAAGUUCUUCCUGGGGGAUCGCAGCAGGAAUGUAACCGCCCACCACAUUUUCUGUAGAAGGGAGAAUUCCAGCUCCUAAUACUUGGGAUGAGUGUUUGGCCAUUCCUGUCUACUUUGCCUAUCCCACUUAAAAUCCGUCAUCUCAUCCCACAAACCGGUGGCUCUGUGCCCACAAUCCCACAGCCAGCCCCUCACUACAGUAACCCUGUCCCACUCAUCUCCCUUGGGCACCCCAAAUUCCCAUUUUUUGGGGGGCACGUUUGUCCCUCACUGCUGGAAUCCGAACACCGAACCCAGCGGGGUUUGUGCCCACAGAGCGUGCGGAGGCACCCGGGCCGAGGUGUCACCACGACGGCACAGGCGCCGAGCUGGCAGCAGGUGCAGAGCCGGCGGCCUGGGAGGGUUUUUCCCGGGCACAUUCCGCGGAUCCAGCGCCCGGGGCACGGAGGUGACCCCUGCGGAGGUGGCACAGAGCCCGCUCCGUGUCCCCUCCCGCCAUGCCCGGAUGGAGCCACACGAGCGCCGUGGGCGUGGCCUCGCUGUCGAUGACGUCACAUGCCCAGAGACACGCCCCUUCCCAUAUCGGUGUCGCAUCUUCGUGACGUCAUCGCGCCGCGCCGCGGGCGGUGCGCGCGCCCGGAGCGGCCAUGGCGGUGCCGGUGGCGGAGCCGGCCCGGGCCGGGCCCCGGCUGGGGAUGGCGCUGGGGCUGGCGGCGGGCGCCGGCCUCUGCCUCGGCGUGCUCUGGGUCAUGCGCCGCCGCUCCCAGGAGCCGGAGAGGCCGCCGCGCCACGCCCAGUCCGUGCCCAGAGCGCUGAUCCCGGCGGGAGCGGGCGAUGGAGCCGUGCCCAGCCUCCUGCUGAGGCAGGACCAGCAGCUGGAGGUGCUGGAGCGCCUGGACUUCGUGGUGAGGAACGUGUUGGAGCUGAGGAAGGAGGUGGAGGAGCUGCGGAACAGCCUCCGGCACCUGGCACUGGAGAUCGUGGGGGAAGUCAGGACCCACCUGGAAGAAACCCAGCGCAUGACCCGCCGGAGGAAAAUCAUCUUCUCCAGGGAGAGAAGUGACUCCACAGGCUCCAGCUCCAUUUAUUUCACAGCCAGCUCAGGGAAUGCCAACACAGAUGAUGGAGAGAGUGAAGGGGGUUACAGCACGGCCAACGCCGAGUCCGACUACGACCGGGAGUCGGAGCGGGAGAGCGAGGAAGGGGAGGACGACGUGAGCUGCGACACCGUGAGGACUGUGCGCAGGAGUUCCCUGGAUCUGCUCUCCGAGGAUGAGGGCCCUCUGCCCCUGGAGUCCUCACUGGAGGAGGGGCUGGGGCAGCUCCUGGAGCAGGCUGACCGCCUGCACAACGGGGAUGAGCACGACAGGAGAGAGGGGUUCCAGCUGCUCCUCAACAACAAGCUCGCGGUAAAGUACGCCGGGCAGCAGGAGUUCCUGUGGCGCCUGGCGCGGGCGCACAGCGACAUGUGGGAGCUGACGGACGACGCGGACGAGAGGAGAUCCUACGCCACCAGCGGGAAGGAAGAGCUGGAACUCGCCUUGCCGAAAUGGGAUCAAAGUGCUGAGUGCCACCAGUGGUUUGCCAUCCUUUGUGGGCAGGUGUCAGAAUACGAGAGCAUUCCCAAGCGCAUCCAGGCUGGAUAUGUUUUCAAGGAACACAUUGAUAAAGCCAUUGCCCUGAAGCCACAGGACCCACAGCUCCACUAUCUCCUGGGCAGGUGGUGUUACCAGGUUGCCCACCUGGGCUGGCUGGAGAAGAGGACGGUGUCGGCACUGUUUGAGGUGCCCCCGACGGCCACGGUGCAGGACGCGCUCCAGAACUUCCUGCGGGUCGAGGAGCUGAGCCCAGGGUUUUCCAAAGCAGGAAGAGUUUACAUUGCCAAGUGCUACAAGGACCUCGGGAACAUCUCGGCGGCGGUGCUGUGGAUGGACCUCGCCUCGGAGCUGCCAGGGAACACCAAAGAGGACGUAGAAAGUGAGAGGGAGCUUGAGGAGAUGCGCUCAAACUGGGAGGAAUAAUUUUGAGAAAACUCAUCCCACUGCAGAGACAGUAAAAUUCCAAAUGGAUUUCAUGAUCCUGACAAUUCCAAGUACACUUCGUGGAUAAGCAACAAGAACUUGCAGGAAAACACCCAGCAGCACAUCCAGGAAAACAUCUUGGAAUUAAUGGAUAAAAUCGUGGUUUAUUUUCUUUUGUGCAGCACUGCAUAUGUUUGAUUUUAGGAUCCCUAAAAAUGUUACAUUCCUUAAAAAAGGGGAGAAUGUGGGGGUUUAUAGGUAGAGUUAGUGAUAUAAAAAUAUCUGUGGUUAUAUAUAUAUAUGGCAGAUAUAUGUGAGAUAGAUACUUUGUGAUAUAAAUAUGUAUUAUAUAUUUUUAUAUAUGUGUGUAUAAAUAUAUAUAUUUAUUUGUAUUAUAUAUAUAUGCACAUAUAUAUUUUAUAUCACACACUCUGCCUGUUGGAAAGCUUUGCUGGUGAGCUUCCAAUUCAUUCCAAAGGAAAACUUGAGCCAAAUUUUUUUCCAGUUUAUUUGUAUUCUCUUUUCUAUAGUAAUUAAUGGAAUGAGUUAUAGUAACUGAAAAAUGCCUUUUGUGGAUGUUUUUGAGAGAUCAGUUUCCAAGCGGGACUAAGGAACUUUUCUGUACAAUCCAGACUGGAUUUUAAGAGGUUCAUUAGUCAAAGAAAUGAGGAAUAGGAUUUUCAACUUCAAGAUUUUCUCCCAGUUUCUGUCUUCCCUCACACAAGGCUGAAAACUUCUGUCCCUCCAAACUGUGCUGCUGUGGUUUAGAUGGAAUUACUGAGUUUGGGAAGUAGUUCUUGACCAGAGAACAGGUUACAGGAGUGGGAAUAUCUUGUGGCAAAGACGGUGUUUUGCUGUGAUGAUCUUCUACCACUGACCAGAUUAAUUCUCUUUGAAUUAAUUAUCUCCUGGACUAACGAGGCAACGCCGACAACUGACAUUCCUCUUGCAGCUCCUGGGGACCAAACAGGAACAGGGAAUUGUGCUGGAUGAUGACACAGAUGGGGAAGGAAAACAUAUUGUGGAAUUCCCCACAUAUUUAUCAAGGCUUUGUUGAUAUCCCUUAAAAUUCUAAUGGCAGCUACUAAACACUAAUUCCUGAAUGUCUGUUUCAUGCUGGGCUGAUUGUGAGGUGUAAAGUGAGGAGUGUGAGAGUAAAACAUUCCUUAAAACACCUUUUUUCCUUUGCACUGUGGUGGGUUUGUUUCUUCCUGAAAAUAACACUGAAGGGGAAAAUUUGCAUUUAAAACUUCCUGAAUUGCAGGGCUGGGUGACAGCCUCGGGGCAGGCACUGGCCACGGCACGAACCUGGGGGAGGGUUGGGAGGAUUUGGAGUGAAGGGCCUGUGCUCCUGCCAUCGAAGAUGUGGCCUUUGGCUCCUGUCAGGAAUGUGGGGGCAGCCCCGGGAGCAGCUGCAGGUGAGAGCUGGGGCAGUGUCUGAGCCUGAGCCAGCUCAGGGCAGGGUUUGCCUGUGGGGGUUGGCCCCACACGCUGAGUUCACCCAGGAUCAGGGGGACAGAUGCUGCAUUUUGGGCACCCUGAGAGUUUCUGUGCCCCUGGAGAUUUCCUGCUGGGCUGUGGCAGUGCAGGGAGCAGAAUGAAACCUGCACCUCCCGUGGGCAUUGCUGGCCUUUGUCCCUGCUGUGCCACCAGAGCCUGGGAAUUGCUGCUGUCACUGCCACUGCCACCCCUGGGGCUGUGUCCUCCUGCAGCCCCUGCCAGCCCCACACACAGCUCCAGGGGUGCCUCUGGGCAGUGCUGGGAGUGUUUGCUGGGAAUGGGCCCCAGCCCUGGAGGAUCCUUUUGUUCCAGAGCAGACAGAAAGAGCUUUGGGGCUUGUCAGCUUCAGAGUUG